GUGUGUGUUAUAUUAUACUUACUAUAUUUUUUUUGAAAUUAACUUAAACGAAAUGUUUCAGAUAUAGCACAGCUAAGAUGAACAGAUCUAAGAGCACAUACGUCUUGUUUUAUUUUGACAUACACCAUCCGUUAACGAGUCUGCGCGUUGCAGGAGAUUUCUGUUUGGCUUUUCCCGGCAGCGGCGGGAUACACCUAUUCCCGCCAGUCACGUGGUGAGCUUUCGCGGGUACGGAUCGCGUUCCUUUGUCUCUCGGCCUUUCUUUCCCUCGGUAAUUACGGUAGUCCCUUGGCGAUAGCGUGCGAAAGGACCAGCACCCAGUCAGAUUCAACACACAUCAGCGCACAUCUUUGAAAUUAACGUCCGAGAUUGUUACGGCAGAGAAUAUCCCAUUGUGGAGGGAAGCGAUCGACCCAGACGACAUGGGCAUGUUACGUCGAGCAAACGUUACGACGUUAACGGAAGCGAUAACGUGACAAAGAUCGAGGUGGAGCUCAGGGAGGCACCGGACGCUGUCGUCGUCGGAUCCAUGUCAUCGGAAUUGGAAGCCGCCACCGAGCUCAAUUCGACCUUUCCCGACGGAACAGGUAGUGGUGCGGUAGUGGUGCGUGCCGAGGAGGCCCUGAUCGUCAUCCUCGUUUUGGUCCUAUGGGUGGCUGCAAUCGCUCUAUUUUUCAAUCGAUGGGGCAAGAUCCGCAUGCUCGAGCCAUAUCAGCCGAAAUUUCAGCAACAACACAGACAAAGCUGCAGCAUAGUCGACCCAACCCCACUUCAGCAUCGGAGCUACUCGAAAUUCAAUAUCCACUGUCUGGAGCAUCCGGUGAGCUGUAUCCCGGCGGGAGGACCGGUCGCCAGGUUGCGGCAGAACAGCGUGUUCGUGGGUUCGAGCACGUCGCUGCUGUUGCCCAGCCAGGAGACGCCUAGACGCGCCAAGAGCGCGUUCGAUCUGCAGUCGUUGGUCCACGCGGAGUGCGUGGACGAGGAGGAACGCGACGGCGACACUCUAAGAACCCUCAAAUCCAUCGGCGAGUCGUCGCGGCUGUUGCAGCGCGAACGCCGAUCCAGCGCUUAUCAGUUCGACCGUAUGGACGUUCUGGCGAGGCCGACGCAGCGGGAGCGUGGCAUGAGUAUCUGUCAAUUCGACCGGACGGAUGUUCUGGCGAGGCCGACUUCGCAACGGGACCGCGGUCUGAGCAUCUGCCACUUUGACAGGACAGACGUCUUGGCAAGGCCGACGCUGCAGCGAGAACGCGGCAUGAGUAUCUGUCACUUCGACCGGACGGACGUUCUGGCGAGGCCGCAGCGCGAUCGCGGCAACAGCAUCUGCCACUUUGACAGGACGGAUGUUCUGGCGAGGCCCAUCUUUCCAUCCGGCAAAUCUCUGCUGCGGGAGAGACGCGUCAGCGUGUGCAACUUCCUGGAGAGAUACGAGGAUCCGCCGUACCGCAGGAGUUCGCUGCAACGGGACCGACGGUUGAGCGUGAGUAAUGUCGACAAGAUCGAGACUUUGGGGAGAUCCUUGUCACCCAGGGACUUCCGAAGCAGCGUCAACAACGCGCUCGACAGCCGGCAGGAUAGUCUCGCGAGAUGUAGCACGAUCAUGGAAAGGAACAGCUCCGUGCAUCACUUCGAUCGUCCAUCAUGCAGCAAGACGCCCGACGUCGUUCUCGGAUACAAAGCGACGUGCGUUUAAUCCGCGCGCUAGCUAUACCGUUCGGUGCCGAGGAAAUAACACCAUGACAUUCUCUGAUAACGGUCCCGGGAUCUACUUCGAACGAAAUACGGCUGUGAAAAUUCCUUUGGUUAUUCGCUUCACCUCUCUCGACAUCUUUACCGCCUAUAUUUCUUAUAUUCUUUAUAAGUUCUCUUCUGCGAAAAAGAGCACCGGCCCUAAAUAUAGCCACCAACCCUUACCGAAAAUCCUUAUCAAAGUACGGUGCGGCAGCUAUCGUCUCCUCCAACAGGAUGUUACGGGUUUCCAAAUGGCGGUUUCCCUCGUUUUUUCUCUGACGCGAUAAACGCCGAUUUCGGGCUCGCUCGCUCGCUUCGCGGAAAAAAGAUCUGCUCUCGGUCAGAGAGUCAUUUCGCGCUUGAAGAUAUCCCGAGUGUCGUGAAAACGCGUCGGAUCUCUAAAAAUCCUGCGAAAAUUGGAGGCGCGUCACGCAAUAGGAGCGCCUCGCUCCGAACGACGAAGGGAGUUUUCCGUUGUAAUUUUUCUCUUUUUUAUUUUUGUUAUUUUUUUUUUCUUGCUGCGGGCUAGUAAUGAAGCCACCUACCGUGCUUCGAUUCGGCCCGCCUCAUGCAUGAUACAUGACAGGAAUGGAUUCGCCGAGGGAGCGCCGUUAAAUUUCCGUUUGUUACUCAGCGAUUCGUUAACCGUACGUAUUUUCGACAAUUCUGCGCCGAAUAAUGAAACCGUAGAAUUCUAAGGGAUAUAGCCGCGAGUAUAACCGUUCCAUAACGAGCAAAUACGUGCGCGGAAUUAUCACGAUCGCGAACGAGAUUGUUUUACCUCGAAGUGGCCCGGAAUGUUUAAUUCGCGAAACCUAAUUAGCGAGCAGAAUAUAAUUAAUCCUACGGAAAAGGAGCUUUAAAAAUUGAUUGAGCAAUUUUUUCCUUAUUCCUGUCUCUUUCUCUCUCUUUCUCUCUUUAUUCUUGUAGACAUGAUUAUAGGCGGAGAUCCCUCUCCUCUCUUUCUCUCUCUUUCUCCUCAAAAUAUAAUCCGCGUAGAUACAAGUCGUAGAGAUUACUCUAUUCUUCGGAGAUCUCGUAUACGCACUUUCUCUACUCGUAAACGUAUGUAUAUACAGGCUCUCGCAAAUUGUCUGCACACGAAGCAACGUAAAUCGCGUAAAUUCGCGUUUCGCUCGUUCGAUUUACAAAACUUGUCAACGUCAUCGAGCAUCAACGCGACGAAAGAAACGACAUGUGCUCAGGGAUUAUUUAAAAAUCUUCACUCGUCGGAAAUAGUCUGUCACUCUAAUAUAGAAUCAUCAAGCGCAAAUCAGUUCUUCACGCAAUUAACAUUGUUGAUUGCCGCUGAACAAUUAGGUAAUUUUGUCCCCGAUACCAUAUCACAGUGUGUAUAUUAACAUGCUAUUUUAAUAUACUACUUAUAUAUAGUUACAUUUAUUUUCCAUCAACACUCAUGCUAAAAUUUUAUAUUUUCUCCUUUGAAAGAUUGAGUCGAGUCAACUCGUAUUUUUGGCAGUCAACGUAUUAAACAUUGAUAUAUUAAAUAGAGCUUAUUAAUUUAACGGAUAUUGAAUAUAGAUUAACAUCAGAUGCACAUUCGUUAAUCAGGCUUUGUAGUCCGAUUAAUGUGCGAAAUACGACAUGUAUUUUGCACAUGUUACGAGCGUAUGUUUACGUUUAAUACGUAACAACCAUUAAAAUAUUAUUGUUGCGUUUGUGAUUCUGCUUUUCGGUUUUGCGGAAAUGUCAUAAUUCUCCGCCAUUUAAUGCUAUCGUAAAGUACAAAAGCGUUCAAACCAUAUACCUAUUCUAAAGCCAUCGUAUGCAAUAGAGAAACAAAUAAUACUCGCCGUCAUAUCCACGAAUAUUCGAGUUACGAUAUAUAACGAAAUAUAAUGACAUAUUUUGAAUAAAUGAUAGAUUUACAUAUAUAUGCACAAACGUACAUACAUAUGUACAUACAUAUAUGCGCGGGAAUAAUAAUGUCAGAUAUUUUCGGAGAGCCUACAUAUUUUUAUCUGUCGAGAUAAGACGAGCAUUUCACUCCUAAUGAGGUUACUUAGAUCUAGUUUCUUCGGAGAAUAUAUGAUACAAAAAUAAUAUAUAUGAUACAAGAUCUACGAUCGGUGCUAGAGAGUUUUCAGCAAAAUUAAUAAUCGUAUAAAUGUUUGUAGAGUGUUCGAAAUUAAGGAAAUGAUGUCACUCUUGAACUGAUAUAAAUAUUACCUCCUUUCAAUUUAAAAGUCACGUUGCUAAAAGAGAAUUAAAAGAGGAAUACAAAAUUUAAUAGGCUCGAUGUAGACGUUUUUUAAUUUAUUAAAGAUUUUCGUUUUUGCUCUCUCUCUCUUUCUGACAAUUUAAUUAAAAUUGCAGCAAAGUCAUCAUAUAAAAAAAAAAAAGAAAUAAGCAUGUUUAAUUCCGAGCAGUGCAGAGAAAACAGUUUUUAAUAAAACAAGAUAUUACUGUAAAAUUCUCGCAUUUUUAUAUACAUAUAAAAAUGAGAGUGCGAAUAUCUUUGCUGGUGUUUAUUUUAAUUUGGGCAUAAUUGCACCAAUUGUAUAAUUGUAUAAUUGAAGAAUUCUCAGCAUUAAGGAUGUUUAAAACAUGCUUACAGCAAUUAAUACAUUGUUGUCUUAAUCCCAUCAAUGAUAAUUAUGAGAUGAUAUACUCUUGUAAAACAAAAUACUAUUUCUCGCGCGCGAGAAAAAAGAACGCGUGUAUUAUCUCGCUAUUAUCAAAUUUUAUCGAAUAUAUAGUUAGCUCCCUCAGAUCGAAAUUCAUUAACAAGGGGACCUUCUAAUUAGUCAGUAAUAAGAUAUAGAUUAAUGAGAUACAUUAUACAUAUGUAGUCACAUUCAGACCAAAUAUAAGCUUUAAAUUUAAAAUUAAACGAUAUAAUGUAAAGAUUAGUGAAGACUAUUUAUAUAUUACGUUAAUUUCAUGACUUCACAUUUUGAAACGUGUUCUAAUGCAAUGUUCUUACUUGAAACUUUCAACGACUCAGACUGUUCCAAUCAAAAGAAUUCUAAGGAUAUGUGUAUUUUUCAUAGAUGUCCGAAAAGUCCGAUAAGUGUUAAGACGUAAAAUUUAGAUACGCAUUUUUUUUUUUACGCAAAAACGAAGCGUUGAAAAAUAAUGCUUUGCAUUUAUUUUAUUAAAUCUCUGUUUUAACAAGCAAGAGAACGUACAUUUGUUUUUUAAAUAUAGAGAUUGCCAAAUAAUUUUAAUUAUACAGUAAUGAUAGAGAUAUUUCUGGUAUUACACUUGAAAUUUUUUGAAAAUUUCUACGGAAAUAAUGGAUGUUUUUGUGUGUAAUUAGUAGUUUCUUAUUUUUUUUUAUCCUCACGUAUGAAGUUUUUCAAGAAGGGUACAUUAUCAAAGCAUCAUGUAUGAAUGAGAAUAAUGCUAGGCUUUGGUAUGAAAGCAUGAAUGAUUAAAAAGAACCUCGAUUUACUCAGAGCGAGCGAAUAAACGAGAUCUGGAAUGAAAAUGUUUUUAUCACAUGAAUUAAUAUUAACGUAUUAUUUAAUCAUAUCAUUUUAAAGAGUUUGUUAUAUAAAGUAAUUAUAAACGUAAAAUUCCGACUAAUCGAUAUAUAUAUAUAUUAAUCAUCAGCUUUUAUUAUUUCCUACAAUUUACCAUUGUAUACAUUAGUUCGAACCAUUUGAAUAAUUUUUGUAGUAAUUUUUGUAAGUGUGUAACUUUUAGAUUGUAGGGGAGAAUAAUUUUAUGAAUAUGUUAUAACGGAUAUAUGUGACUUUUUUACAAUAAACAUUAUUUGAAACGAUAUC